CCGCGUCCGUCAUUCAUCAAACCGCGCCCACAGUGCGAGCGACUUCCGCCUCUGUGUCAAUCGUAGGCUACACACUAAUUCUGCUCAUUUCUCCGGGCUUGUCACGUUCCACGUACCUCUCAGGUAAGGCUAGUGACACUUUACUGCCUUGGGUUUUAUGCCGUGUUACAAGCGUCACAAACCCGGCUUUGCUUUGCAAAUUACAAGGUUAGUUGCUAACUAUGCUACUUAGCGAUAUUUUGUAGCUGAGCCGCUAACGUUGGUGCUAACUGUCAAAAAUCUUCCUGUCAGAGUUGGAGCGGUCAGCUUGUUGUGAGUGUGUUUGCUCAGAACAUGCUGUACCCCACUAUGUCCACCCAACUACCUUGUUCUCAUUUACAGCUAUAGCCAGGUCUGGUCACAGUUCACAGUUGGCAAGCCUGUUUAGUAUUUGUGCUAGACUAUUUUUGCUAUUGUUAGCAAGGAAAUACUUUACGUUAGCACAGCAUCCGAGAUGGCUUUUUCUCGGUACCUCCCAGAUGUUAAGAAAUCCUAAAAGCUUCUCUCGGGUGAUAAAACUACUAUGUCAUUACACUCUCGACAGCAGUUCUAGUUAAUGUUCGGAUAUGACUGCUCUCGUCUGUCCAAGGUGACAUGUAAGGUAGACACAAGCAAAUGAUACACAGUUGGGAAGAACUGCUGCUAAGGAGUCCCCUGAUUUCUUAUGAAUGUUUGAGGAAGAAUCAUGAAGAAACACCUGGGCCACUGGCAGCACUAAUCUCAGCUAAGGUGUAGGUUAAGACACUUCUUAUCGGGUUUUACAACUUGAGCCGCAUUGGGAAUGUUCCCCUGCCUGUUCUCCUCCUCCCUGCCCUCAUCUCUAUCAAGAUGUGCCACACGGGAUAGACCAAACAAAGCUUUUUCUCUGUACAUGUCAGCUCACAGUAAGUCAUUGACAGCAAAGUUUGCACUGACGCAGCAGGCUGUUUGUUUGUAUCUCUCAGGGGCACAGACUGCGUUCCUGCGUCAACUGACCCCUGAUGAUGACGAUCCCUUCUAAAAGUGUUCACACUGAGACAAAGAGUCUGUUUAGACCGACACCAAUAUCUUGUUGUUUUGGUACAUAAAAAAAUUUGGACUACUUCUUUUAAGUAUUGGGUUUCAAUGUCAGACGAUUGUGCAGACAAAUGUUGUGUAAACCUACACAAUAUUUAGCUAGUUUCAAAUGAACAGGACAGCCAACAAUGAAAAUAUAUAAUUUAAAGAUAAAUACAAUUGCAAUUACUGCAGUGUUAUCAAAAGUGCUUCAAAUUGAAACCUUUAAACAGUUAAGCUGCUGUCACAGUCAUGAUUUAAACAUGACAUGAUUUUUUGGAGUUAUCAUGAGUUAGUUCAUGUUUUGGGGAUUGUUUGUCCAGUUCUGGUUAUCUAACAGCCAACGCAAUAAAUAAUAAUAAUAAUAAUAAUAAUAAUAAUAAUAAUAAUAAAAAACUGCUAGCUGAUGGACAGUUAUUGAUGACCUUCCCUGGUAUUGGCUCAGUAAGAUUUUGCCACAUAUAACACUGCCAUCUGUAAUUACAAAAACAGAAAAAAAACCCACAAGGUCAGUAUUUGUAUUGAGAAAGUUAGUUAAAUUAUUUUAUGUAUGUAACAAUUCAUUAUAUAUAAUUGUCUUUGUCUUUUACAUGUUUCAGAUUGAUUUUAUUUUAUUUUUUACAAUAGUUCAUGUUAUAGAUUUCAGAACAUGACUGUAACUUGGGUCUAAGGCAGUAUUAUUAUUAUCGUGAUCGUAUUUCAAUUAAAUACUAGCAAGUAACUGUUUUAAAUGUGAUAUUCUGUCAUUUAGGAUCAGAAUCAUCUGAUCUUAGGAUCAUCUGGAAAAGAUGAUAGUGAAAGGACAUUUAGACAGACAUUUGAAGCACAGUUUAUGAGCGUUGUAGUAGGGGCACAGGGCUCCCAACAAAUGUUUCCACCAUGGACCUUUCCAACUUUGAUUGACAGCAACUACACUGACAAAGCAGCAUACAUGGACAUGGCAGACAUGGACUAUCCUUUCAAUAAGCUGUGGUGUAAAGGUGGGCAUCAGCCAAUGCAAAUAGUUUCAAAGUACUAUCAGCUAACCUGAUUAAUUGACCAACCACUAUUGACAUUACAAGAUGCCCAUAAAGAGGCAAGGAGCUGACUAUUUUCAUUCUUACGCUGCAUGGGAAUUACAGCUGUUGUCAUUGUGUUAUGCAUCCACAUCCCAAAGGUGUCUUAAUUACCCCCAUAGUAAGUUGCUAUGGUAAUUGUCUCCAUUUGAAAAGGGACCAUCAAAGUGCACAACAGAUGACUGCUUUCUAUGUGACAGAACAGCAGAGUGAGGUGGAAUUUUGUACUUGGAAACGGGAGAUCUCUGUUUGUUUAUUUCUGUGGUUGCCUUAAGGGUUUAUUCUGUAAACACCUUUAAGGUAUGUUAAUCAGACAUGUACGUUUGAGUUCCUGUGGUUACAUUUGAGUCAACAGGAAAGAGAUUUUGUAAGGCAUGUCCUUCUAGCUAAAUUUCAUAAUGUUGAAGAGGGAUGUUGCACUGGUGGUUGUGCCAACACAGGUUAAAACAGACAUAAUUCCCUAUUUUGAAAGUGAAGUAAUUCUUUUUGGAUCUGUAACAUAUUUUUAAGCAGGCAUUUUUUUAGACGUCAAAGUCAUACUACAUUUUGAAUCAUAUAUCUUUUUUUUGCUCAGUUAUUGUUGAAGCAUUUAAAAAAAUGGCACAGGUUGCUUACUCUCUUAUGAUUUGUACUUUUGCUGUUCAUUGCGCUAUAUUUCAAUUCUUUUUGUUUGUCCAUGUGCACUGUGUUUCCAUAGGGGGUAAGGCUAAGUUGGAGCUAACGAUAAUCCAGGCAACCAUCAAGGCAAUACUGUAUGUGUAAUUUAUGAUAGAGCAGAGUAACAUGCAGCCAAUCAGGGACCUGUCUGAGACAUAGCCAGUGUAUUGUUUGGCCUUGCUAUGAUUGGCCCAUGGUCAUAAGGAGUGGAUGUGGGUCUGCAGAGACAAACUGUGUGAACAGGCAUGUGAUUGAUUGUCUCUGUUAUCAGUGGCCGGACUUGGAAAGAAUAAGAAAUGGAUUGAUCUGUAAAUAAUUAAAGGGCAGUUUACAGAUUUGGAGACCCCAAUGACUGUGGAGGAAAAUGAUUUUGAAAGGAUAUAUUCCACACUAUAUAUGAAUUAACGCACAACAGUGACUUAUGAAGUCAUUUAAUAUUUUUUUUUAUUGUACUUCUACAUUAAAAAUGGACAACCUGAUGUGAUGUAGUGAGGGGGAGGUUUGCAGGUUAUGCUGAUGUUCAGCAUUAACAAAUUAAAAUCUAAAUGCCAGUCAAAUUGAUGAAAACAAAGAAGAUGCGUACUCAUCUGUAUACAAUGGACCACAGACUUAGAACUACAAGCUUGAUGGAAGACAACGAAACAGGAACAGGGUGGGAUUAAGAAACAUCAUAUCUGCAGAUGUAAAGCUGAUGACCUAAGUCAAGUUUUUGUGGAGAGUGAGUGACUGGCAUAAAGACUGGAAGAACUUUAUCUAUCUAUCUAUCUAUCUCUCUCUAUCUCUCUCUCUCUCUCUCUCUCUCCAGAGGGGUAUUCAAUGAAUACGCUAAAAGCACUGUGUUCACAAUUCAUGUUAUUGUUUAUGAUCAUCUAUAGAGGACACAUAUAGAUAUGCCAGGGGUCUGCCAGUGUAAAUGUCAUUAUUAUGCAGUUUGUACCUACUUUCAUAAGGGAGGUAUAAACUGGCCUGUAGUAGCUUUCUUUGACUCAGCUGGGAGGUGAGGCCAGUGAUUGAUCCACUUCAGUCAGUAUUCAUUGUUGUGUGUGCCAACAUUUUAGAACAUGAAUCUUUGAGAUCUAGUUUGUCUGUUUUUGUCACUGUAACCAGAGACCCCAGUCGACAGUUUUGUCAUUAUACUUAACUGAUGAACAGCUAAACUGUAGAGGAAUAUCACACUUCAGACUUUGACUUUAGUGUCAUAACAUGACAGUUGUUGAAAUAGUAGUGUUUAUUUAGCAUCUUAUCUCUUUUUCCUCUUAAUUCAUGCCUUUGUGUCCUGUAAAACAUUUGUUAAUAUUGUAAAUAAAAAUACGUCUUUCAAGUAGCCCUAUAAAGACAGAGCUGUAGUCACUGUUUCUCGGUUGAACACACAGUUGAUGUGUUGUGUAAAGUGUUAUUUGGAUGUGAUCUAUUAGUCUUGUUGUCCUGUCUGUGUGUUUUUCAUAAAUUUCUAAAAGAAAAGUCUGUAAUUCUCUAAUAUGAGUGUGUUUAAUCUCUGUUUUCUUGUAUCUGGAAAAGUUGCAGUGUCGUACAAAGUGGCUGAAAAAAGCAAGCACAAUGUUAUUCCUCGUCAACUUAAAGGUUAUCUUAUUCUGAUAACCUCUCAGGAGAAAAAUACCAGCCGGGCAGGGCUUUUCCAGCUGAAGUCAUCACACAAGGACAGAUACAAACAAUGCUGAUCACAGAAUUUGCCUUUGUGUAUGUUUUACAUGCUCUCACCAAGGAGUGUCAUGAUGUUUGCAUCUAAGGGUGGACACGUGAAAGGAGUUUCGAGGCGAGAUGCUCAGCAGGCUUUCUAUCUAUAAACCUGUGUGAAAGUGAGACUCAUCCUAGCAGGUUUUACCUCUCAGCAGGUAUUGCUGGAACGUGCUGACUCACACUACACUGAAUGGUGGUUUAUGUCUGUGACAGACAGCGUGCUCAGCAUCCUGCUGAAUGAGACAGUGUUGUGUUCCCAAAGGAUUUACACUGAGUCCUAACAGAAAGAAGUUGAAGAGAACAGGCUCAUCAUUUCAGGCAGAGGCAGGCACACAGGCCAGAUGGACUGACUCCAGUUCUCAAGCAAAAGAAGAGCAAGGGGACACUUCUCGACCAGAUAUUACCCAAUGAGGCUUCAGCAUUGACCUUGGCUUGUAACCAAGGUCUUAUUGUAUGAUAGUCAGUCAUUAGUAUUUAUGACAGUCUGCCAGAAAUACCUUUUUCUUUGGCCUAUCAACACUGUUUACAUUCCCCCUCUUUCAUGUCAUUAUGGCCACCAUGAGGAGUCAUUAAGUAGUGACCAUAGACUAUAGAAUGGACAGCGUCUGCCUCCUUGCUGGGUGAAGCCACUCUGAGAACAGCACCCUCUGUUGAUGGGCUGCAGUACAGGUCAUAAAUCCCGCCUCGGCCAGCAAAGCUUAUGGAGCUGUGGACAAACUUUAGAAAUUUAUUACGCUAACAUAAAUUUUUCUCCCCCCUGCUUGCGUUGUUGACAUGUAGUUACAGUAAGACUAAUUUGUGCUCAAGUCCUCUUUUUUUCUGUGAAGCUCCGUUUUUAAAAGUUAUUAGGGGGUUCAUGUUUGCUAUGAUUGACACCUGAUACAGCCUAUUGGCGUUCAGGGAUUGCGUAGCUCACCCGGGGGAUAUGCUGAUUGAGCCGAGCGUCAUCACAGCGACUCUCAGCGACUCUCCCGCCGAUACGCACAACGCUACUGUGCAGUGCUGGUUUCAGGAAAUGAAGAAAAAUCGCGGAAAUACAGAGAGCUUUUUGGCUUCAAAUCCGUAUACAGGCGGGAGGCGGAACCAAGUUGUCCAUAGUAUAUCCAGUCUAUGGUAGUGACAUGGUGAGUCACAUUGGCAGGGAAAUUUGAUCUAAAGCGCUGUAUUUUAUCAAUUGGACUAUCUGUGUGUAUCUGUCACACAGGUUAGACUCUAACCUGUGUAAUGGUUUGGUAAUCAAAUAAUGGUGAUAGCUAAAUAGAGUCACUCUAACCGUUAGAGUGACUUUAUUUAGCUAUCACCAUUAUUUGAUAAUGCAGUGAUAAUAUGACAGCUAAGAGAGCAACAGCUUCAGCUUUAAGUUUCUACAUCUUUGUGCCUUUUGGCACAAAUUUAGAAUUGUGCUUGUAUUUGACUGAAGUGCAAUUCUUGCCCAUCACAAGAGCUUUGUCAACCACAUCCUUCUUGCUCUUUCCUCUUCCUUGUUGCCUUUCAGCCUUUGUAUAAGCGAGUAACUGCCACUAAAUUGAGAUCAACUUGACUAUUCAAGCCUUUAAAGAUAAUGUUGAUUACGUGCAGUCAUAUGCUUUUUUGUGUGGCCCUGUUCUGAAAUGGUUGUUCUGAGUAGGAAUGCAGACUAAGUGCUGUACGGUUAAUAUGAGUCUUUAAAGUGUGUGUGCUGGCAUGCAAUGGGUGGGACAGUGUUUAUCCGUUUUGUUUUGUGGUUGACUUCCUGGGCUGAUGUCCUCAUACAAGGCCAAAAGGUUGAUGCAAUCUAGGGGUUGCACUUGUUUAAUGGGCUGUUUGUUGUAGACAUGUUCUACUCAGAAACUCUCAAAAUGUAACUUAUCACCGUUUUUCUUGCAGAGUCACAUAAUUUAUCCCUCUGCAGGUCUAGUAGUUAUUGUGCUCUUUAUGGAAGAGAAACAAAAGAUGCAAAAGAAUAAAUGAUAAAAGAAAAAUUGGUUUUCCCUUGUAAUAUCUUAGCCUUUGAAAAGGAAUCCACUUUGUAGUCCUUACUGGUUUCUGUGAGUUUGAUGCUUCCCUAAAACACCACUCUCAUGUACGGGCCUUUCAAGCUGCACCUGUCUGUAAUUUAAGUAAACUUUGUAUCGCUUUUCUAAUUGUUAGUCUUAUGUGUAUUUUACUGACCAGUGAUCAGGGGCAUAAUUUUUUAAAGCAGGUUUCACUGAUUUAACUUUUCCCUAUGGUUUUUGAUAGUCUGCAUGGCCCCUGUUCAGAGGAACUGAACAGAGAACAGACAUAGAAGGCUACACUACCUACCACUUUUGAUGGAGUUUGAUCAACACUCAGCUGGAAGAAGUUAUGUGAGAUCUUUCUCUCUCCUAGGGUUAUUAUGAAACUAGAAGUUUGAUUUUGAUAAAACAUCAGUGACAAAAAUCCAGAUUUGGAGACCUGUUUUGAUAUCACAACAACAAGAAAUGAACUACCAGGCACCCAUAAUUCUGACCCGCACAUAGCCCUGUAAAGAAAAUGUCACUGAACACAGACUAACUGAAAAUAAAAGGCUAGUUAAAAUGAUUUUUACAAUGACAGUAAAGUCACUACCAGUGCAUCCCAGGAUGAACCUCAACGUCCCUGCAGAAGUUUCAUUGACGGGGUGGAAUGCCGUUACUUGGGCUGAAGUUUUUCCAAAAGCAUACACGAAUAACUUAAACUGUCAUAAAUAUCUCCAUUGUCUGCGGGUAUGGAAACUAUCUCAGAUAAGUGAAUAAGAGUUUUCUGACAAUUUCUGCUCGUCCCCUCACUCAUACUGAACUAAAGUCUAACAAUAGACACAUUUAUUGCUCUUUUCAUCAUAAAGUGUCCUACGUGUGUUUCAGGGAACUUUUUGUUCAACUUUUUAAAUAUUCUAUGCUCAAUUAACAAAAAAAUUCUUCCACUUGUUGUUGGUUGAAUAAAAAGCUUGAGUGUAUUUCAGUUUCCUUCUUCAUUUUUGUCCUUAUAUUACAUACAUACAGUAUGUGUCUUUGAGAUGACCUGUGGUAUGUUUAUCACAGUGUGCAGAGGUGUGUCACCUAUUAUGGUAGGUGUGUGUACACAGGGAAAAGGUGUGUGUGUGUGUGUGUGUCGCACACACACUGGGCCCUGUCGCACAUGGCAACAGCUCUUGUUUCUUAAUUUCUCUCGGUGUGUCUUUCGAUUUGUGUUCUUGAUCUCUUUGUCCCUGUGGCUUUGUGUGUUAUUGUCAGCCCUCAGUGGACAGCACUGAGAGUGGUUGCUAUGCUAGUAACUGAACCCUUGACUUUUGAAUGGAAUUGGUGGGUUUUGUCUUGAAGGUUUUAAAUGACUGGUGACAGUGAGGUUCUGCUGCCCUUUUUUUGCUGAGAGGGCAACAUGAGCAGUUAAAUCCACUGAAAUCUGUAAAAUUAGAAGAGUGGUGGUGAGCUCAGAUAGUCUGGAGCAUUCUGAUACAGAUGAGCAGUAAUGUGGAGCAACAGAAAAGCAUGUUACAUAGCUUUGGCUACUAGAUGCUCUAUUUUGUUGAUUCAAAUGAACAGGCCAUAUUGGUUGAUUAGUUGAAAUAUGAUGGGGGACUUAAUUCUAACUUUUAAAGGUGUAAGGUUAAUUCUGAGAUCAAUGGUGCCACCACCUUUGCCACUUUUUUUUAGUCUAAAUUUCUUCUUGUAGUACAUUUCAAAAUGUUGUGCUGAUAUUACAAUCUUCUGCUUUAUUCACUAAGUCUCUAUGAGCAAAACUUCCUUCUCAGAACUGUGUAAAAACUGAGGAAAUCAAUAGAGGGUAUCCAUCAGCAAGUUCCUUUGAAAGGGAUGUAGCAAGUUAACUUGGUUGCUGAGGUAACAAAGAAACAUCUGAUGCUCCCCCUCUCUGCCAUCAGAGAAGGCAUGUGGUCAACUGGUAUUCCCUCAGCACUGAUCAUCUGAUGUGGGUUGCAAAGACAGUGAAAAGUGGCUACUCCUGAGGGAAGAACUGCAUAAAAGUCUGUGCUUAUGGUUUAAGAUGUUGAGACCUGUCGCUUUACUUGAACCAAAGUUCACUUGAUUGUUAGCCAGCCAGGCAUAAAGCUUAAACGAGGAGCAAUUCAGAAGACUGAAGCUCAAGCUUGUUUCUCAGACUAAGUACAGUAGUGUGGCUGUGAAGGUCUAUAAUCACAUCACAUCAUUCCUUCAAAUCUUUACUCACACCACUGGCUGAAACAAAAUGCUACACUUGAUAGGCUGCAGAAAAGUCUUCUGUGGAAUAUGUUUUAAUAAUAAUAAUAAUAAUGCAUCAGAUUUCAUAUAGCGCUUUAUCAGAGACCCUCAAAGCGCUUUACAUUGGAUACAUCAUUCAUUCGCUCACACAGUCACACUUUGGUUUUGUGUAUUAAUUGUUAGGUCUAUCAAAUAAUAAUGAUUAUUUUUUAAUGACAAUAAAUCACAGAGUUCCACUGGUUAAUUGUGAUGAAUAGCACUUUAAUUGCCUGUAAAAUUCCUAUUAUUUUGCAUUUCAAGCAAUUUUCUUUGAAAAAAUUAUUAUCAGGCUUUAUGCCUUCAUUUGAAGAGGGAAGGAGAGUGAACAGAGUAGGAGCUAGGAGACAGAGUAGGGAGUGACUUGUGGGGAAAGGAGCCUCGGGUCAGAAGUAAACCUAGGCCAAGGACUGCUCGAGGCAUAACCAUUGUAUAGGGCACAUGUAGACCACUAUGCCUACAGUGCCCCUUGUAAACAGUUCAUAUCAGUAAUGCAAAGCAGUUCUUACCAGCCUGUUUUCAGGGAAUUCAAUGAAUGCAAUAAUUGAUUUCUAGAUUUAUUAUUCAAACAAAAGCUGCAGAUCUUCACCAGCGUAGUCUGAAAGCAUAACUCAGAGGUCUUUGUUUUAUGGAUGGUUGUCAAAUUUGGCCACACAGCCAAAAGGAACGUCAAAAGUUUGUCCACAGCUCUAUAGGAAUUGCUGAUGGUGUCAAUUCUAUAUACAGUCUAUGGUACUUAUUCUUAAGAGACUUGGUAAAUGGUGAAGUAGUACAGCUUUAUGCUGAUCAUGAUGAAUUCAUCUCUGAAAUGGUCAUGGGAUUUUCAAAGCUUCAUUGUUAUUGUUGAUGAAUUCUUAGAGUUAUAAAAUGUGGCUGAGCCAGUGAAGGAUAAGUGGAACCUAUAACUCAUGCAAAUCAGAUUUUAAACUGUAUAUUUGCCUCCUUUACAGGCCCACAGCUAGGCAAAACAUGUGUGUGUGGAUACAGUGCAAAUUCUUCACUGGAACCUUUUAGUGAGUGUUUCUCAGGUGACAUGUUCAUUGCUGAAAAAGUACAUAUAUAGGGUCCCUGACCAGAUGUAGGGAGAGGUGAUAUGGCAACCAGUCUGCCUUGACAUCCCUUCAUACUUGAGUCAUAUAAUGACCUAAGGUCUUUUUUUGCUUGCUCUGGGUUCAGAAAAUGUUGCAAUAAGAUCGUAGGUAGAUUCUUGUCAAGAUGUACUGUAUGUAGAAUGCUGAGUAUGUCAAUACUGAUGCAUUGAUAGAUGUAAGAUAAGUAUCAGAACUGGGACCUUGGUCAUGUUUUGGCGUACAACUGGGACAUUUUGGGCCUGGAGGUGUAUGAAAUCUGCUGGCUGUCUUGCGUUGAGCUUUUUGGAUAUCAUUUGAGGAAAAAAAAGGAACUUAUUUUUACACUAUGUUAGACUGCUGUGCCAGAGACAAAGGGCUCUAUUUUCGUGUCAGCUGGUGAGGCGGCUGAGGGUGGUGGAACCCGCGCAGUGGUAUUUCCGUCUGGUGGAGCCCGGCGUACAGCCAGUUUGGUAUUUUCGUGGACUGAGGUGCACUGAGGUCCGCCAAGCUGGGCAUGGUGGCGUGGCAGAGGGAGGUGUCGGCAGAAUCAGCUGGUGCAGUGACAUUUUUGUGCUUGCCAGCGGCAUAUAAAGUGCGCUGAAAGCUCGCCAAUUCAAACCUGGUCAGUUUUCAGCGCAGGCGGAGCGCAGCUGGUCUAGUGGUAUUUUGGUAGACCGGCAGUGUAUCGGCAUACGUCACUGAUUAUGCAAUAAAUAAUCAACAACAACUAAUAUUCUGAGUCAGCACAUACAUUUAGAUCUAUAUAGAUUUUGAUCUAUAUCUGAUCUGAUGAGCGUGUUUGGCACGUGUUUGGACACACAACCUGACCAAAUCAACACAGCUGAAACCGCAUUAAAUUAAAUUAAAUUAAAUAUCUAGUAAAUAAACACACAUGAUGAAGUUAACAAGAUAUGUAAUUCGUCUCCCUCCUUUUCUUUCUUCCUCUGCCUCUUAUUUCUCACGCAGCUCGACCUGGUCAUGUCUCCGUGUCCUCUCCCCGUCCUGCUGCAGCUGCAUCUGCUGCUGAACAGAUGAUUUGUUUCAGUGAUCAGAUGAGUUAUUUACUUUAAGCCUACAUACGAAUAUUAUAAUAUUCAGUUUUGUGAGCCAAAUUUAUUUUAUAUGCCAACAUCUAUGAAAAAAAGAGCCAGGCCACGGAGCGCGAUGCGUCAUUUACGCACAGAUGGUUCAGAUUUUAAUGCCAUUAUUGGAAUUUAUGAUGUGAUUUCUGCUCACAACCCACCUUUGUCACGUGAGGUUUGAAUAUAUGCAACUUUAUGUGAGUGUCUUUAUUUGUGGAAAGGGUGUUUGUCUAUUAGUGGGUCCAACAUUACACACACCAAAUCCAUCUGUGCUCAUAUGAGAGUGUGGAGGACGCCCUCUGCAGCGUUUACAGCGACACUUGUUGAGGGGCUGCCUUCUGUCGCCAUCGUGUGGCAUUGCUGUCUUCAGACACCUCUUGAUCUCUUUGAUUACUUCAUGAAAAUUGUAAUACGCCUUGCCGGUGGCAGAUUUAAAGGUGAGGAGAGGAGCUUAUGUGAUUGGUGAAAACAGGUCUCGGCUGUUUUAAACCCACUCUACGCCCUCUCUCCUCCCUCCCUGCGUCUUACACCGCUGGAAGGAGCUGAGUUAGGGAGGGGGGAUACUUACGCUGGGCUGCGCCACUCGCCAGAAUACCAAAUUGUGCUUGGGAACGCCUUGUCAGUGCAGCGGACCUGACUUACGCUGCGCAUGCGCCGCGUCGCCGGCGAGGCACGAAAAUAGAGCCCAAAGAAGCUAUUUGUAUGUCUCCAUCCAUGACAUGCAAUGUUAGACCUUCUAUUAACAGGUAAAACAGCUUGUUCUAGUAUUGCUUCAUCAUCAUAUGUGGUUGCCCAGGCCAAAGUUUAUUUGUGAGCUGAAGGACAAACCAGAUCAAUGCAGAACCUCUGCUUUAUGAGAGAGGCAGGGAGGAGAAAACAAGCACCUUUAACAUCAGAUUCGGCAUUUAAAGAUUAGAAAAGAAUACCUCCAGAGAUUUUUUAAAUUUUAUUUUUUUUGUUUUAUUUUUUUUUGUUAUUUACACUGCUUUGAUCGUUUUGUACUGCUGACACAUUCAUACUAGUAUCAUUGUUCAGUAUUUACCUUGGACUGCUCUACAAAAGUAUCUCCUCCCAUAGUAGCAUCCCCUUAUUUGUAAGUAAGUUGGUGUGAUGUUGUUUAAAUUAGGAAUGAUGAACUGCUUGUCUAUUAAUAUUCUCUGCCAAACUACAUCCUGUCCUAGACUUCAUUUAGAACAACUCGGAGCCUAUGAUGAAAACAUUUCUUCUCACUACACUAUUCCUUAGUGUAUGUCAUACCCACAUCCCCUUUGACCGCUCUCAUAUCUUUCUGGGUUUGCUAACUUUGCAUACAACGUAUGCGAAGAAUUUUAUGACCAAAAAUGUAAACACAAAUGCUGAAAAUUUCCUGUUACCCUUUAUGCAACAUGGACUGUGGUAGGAACAGCAUGUUCUCAAUGCAACGGUGUCAUUCAAUUUUUGCCAUACAAUAUUUGCUUGCUAUUUUUGUUAUUUGCUAAAUCUAGCUUACUCAUGCAGCUCUCUUUACAUUUUUAAAAAAUAUAUAUUUUGCUUCAGUUCCCUUUUUUUUUUUUUUUUUUUUUUAAAUAAAUUCAGUUGACGUUCAGAGUAAUUAUCCAGAAUUCUCUGUCAGGGGAAACUCAAUGUUACUCUGGACUUUUCAUUGCUAUUUUGGGUAUUGGGGGAAUCCAGAGUUUAUAACAUUUGAUUGCCAAAGCACCAUCAGAAGGAAACAAAGACCAAGAAUGUUUUUGACUGUGGCAUCCCGGUUAUGUAACUCAUUGACUAGACAACUCAGUUUGAGCUGAGUUGUUGUUUUAAACAAGCCUGUUUAGAAAGUAGCCUAGAUGGCUUAAUGAUCAUUCACAUUGUCUGUCAUUUUCUGUCAUUUAUGCCAAAUCAUGGAAGUCUAAUGAGCUAAAAUCCUAUUCAGAUCUGAGACAGAAUACCAGCAGACCUGUUCGUAUAUGUGCUCUGUUUUCUGUCUCAUACUCUUCUGCAGUUUCUGAAAUAGUCAGAGGAAGCUGAUGAUAUAUUCAGACCCCGAGACCUUUUAUUUCCAAGUCUUUUUUUAAUUAGUUGUAACUUGGAGGUCUUGAUGGCUUAGAUUGGAUUGGAAAAGACAACAGUUUCAUUCACUGAUUUUUUUUGUUCCCACAGGUUAACAAAAACAAGGAAACACAAACCAAACUGAAGUUAUAUUAACUGCCCAAACCUGGUCUGUCAGUCAAACAAACAAUAGACAUCGUCCCCCAGUAUCAUCCCUCUGUGGUCAAAUUAACUGUACCGUCAGACUCUCUGGAUAUAAGCACACAUUGACCUGUUUCUGUGGAGACAAUCCAGAGGGAUCUUGAUUGAAGGUCUUCCUGGAGAGCAACACUGAGUGACUGCCACCAGUGGGAACAUGUGCUAGGAGUUGAGUCUUUCUGCUGAACAACUGGACUGCUUCUCUGGAAGAUGAGCAAUGAGGAGGAGUUCUAUGACGCCGUCACAGGUGGGUCUCUAAGUGUGUUAACUGGUAAAUACAAGUUUGAAUUGAUUUCUGGUUUCUCUGAGAUGAAGACGGUCAAAUGGUUUUUGCCAAGGAAAGGUCAAAAACUGUAGCAGAACAACAUUUUUUAGUUUGUGUGUCUUAAAACAGGAUCUUAUUCUAGAAUUGACUUUCCCUUUGGGUAUCAAUGAAGUCCUUUUUAUCUUAUUAUCAGAAAACAGGAGUCAGUUUUUGGAGCCAGAGGUCGACUGUUGAAAUGAAGCUGACUUAUUUUGCCUUUAUCAUAGAAGCACAAUGCCAAUGAAACCCAACCUGACUUAGUCUGGUUAUUGGUUUAAUAAUUCAGAGUAUCUUGGCUCAUGACUGUUCUGUCUCCUUGGAGACUCUGGGAGUGUGCUUGUAUCUCUGUGUGUUAGAACUCUGUUGGCAAAAUAAACAAAUACUGUAUACUCAGAUGAAUUCAGAUUGAAUCUUGAAUUGUCACCUAGUUUCUGAUUCAAAGAUUUGAUUUCUUCUCUAUUUUGCCUAUCUCCCCAGCUGAGAUGGGGUAUGGUUGUUACACGGAUAAUGAUUGCACAAAAUUAGCACUUGACUCUUAGUAUUUCUUGUGCAGCCUUGGGUAAGGCAGUUACAUAAAUAAACAGAUGAAACUUGUGUCAUCAUAUUAGAGUUUCAAAUUGCAGCACCCCAUAGGGAUGCUGAUGAUUCACUGUCAUGAAGAAACUGAUAUCCAUGCAUUAGUUAAUUACAAUAAAUAAAUCCAAUCUAAUCCUCAUAUAGUUAUUUUACUUACAAGGAUGUUGUCUCUAAAUUUAGCCCUUCUCCCAUGUCAAAGGCAUAAUGGAGGUGUGAUGGUUCAGAAAGAUCACAGCUACCAGGGUCCUGUCUCAGUUUAGUGCUUUGAGUGUUGAUUAUAUUUAAAGGGUUUAGGAGCAGUGCAAAGCAGCAUAUACUUCUGUGUUAACAGCUGCUGUCACUGGGGAUGCAAAUUCAGAGAGAAUUCUCUGUGGCUGAUCUUUGGAUAUGUUAAAGAUUAAUUAUCUAUUUUGGCCAGUGGAUCACAGAGGAAUGUCCUGCAAAUGUCCUGUACUGGUGUCAUUAGUGGUGUUCUCGUGUGUUGGUUGUUGCUUUCCCAAAAAAAAAAAAAAGUGCAGGAACACUUUAACCUAGGCAUCAAUGCUGACAUUACUCCAACUUGUCUUUGUGUUAUUAUGAUCAUCUUACUAAUCUGAAAGAAAAGCAAGCCAGGACAGAUAUAUUAUUCAUUAGGUCAUGGCAACCAGACUGACUGUGGUCACUGUUAGGCAGUUUCCAUGUGGGCCUUAAUGGCUGUACCCUCAGUGAACCAGGGCAAGACUUCAAUUGUUUCCCAGUAUUUUUGAAGCAAAGAUUAAAUGAACAUAAAGUGAAUACAGUAAAUAGAGACUUUCACUGAACCUUCUGGCCAAGUCCAUAUAGAUUUCUCAUCAACCUUGUUUAAUGAAUGUGGCUAAACUUAUUUUUACUUAUAGAUCUAAUUUGUACAUCAGAUAAAUUUUGGUCUUUCAAAAAGUUAUUCUGUUGACUUUUGUAACACCUAAAGCCAUGAAACCAUUAUUUUCUUUAACCUGAUCAUGCUUCUUUAUUCAUAACCGGUUUUCCACCAACAAAUCCGUAGUAGAAGCCUUCUUGCAGGUGUCUAAAGGUAUUAUAUGUCAAAAUUGGCUAGUGUAAUUUUGAGACAAUAGACCCUGUACCUUUGACGUACCUCUGACAGCUGAGAAGGUGUGUUCAAUUAUUUCAAAGUCUUUUCUAUUUUAAGAGUUUGUUGAAACCCCACCUUAAGAUCAUCACAGCUCCACCCUGCAGCACUUACACUCACAGGCCUUGUUCAUGCGCUGGCUGAGAGCCAGGUUCAGGUCAUUACUAACCAGUAUUUCCAUAAACACUUACAAAGCUAUAUUCAGGCUUACUUUUGGUGGAAGACUUGCUCAUGCAGCUUGGCAUCAACAAAAGCAACUAUUUUUCCUUCACAUAUGGCCACACUAUGAUGUUUUCACUUUUCAUCAUUUCGUUAUUUAAGUUGGUGGAUAAGAGAGUAAGACUACAGAUUCUUCAGGGAUAAAUAAAGUUAUUCUUAUUCUUACCUUUUUCCAAGAGUCAGAGUUUAGAGUAAGCCACAGAGGAUCGUAUAAACUGUUUCAGGCAAACGGUAAAAUUUGAAAGUCAAACACAGGUCAAAGUGCCUGAUGUAAAAUGUUAUGCAAAUAUAACAUGUCUUCAACAUGUUACAUGGCAAAAAAAAAAAAAAAAAACUCCUACCAACAAAUCAUUCCGCCAAGUGAACCUUUUUAUUGGUAUUUUUUCCUCUUCUACUAUUGUCUGCUAUGAAAUGGUAAAUGAGCAUGUAUUUUCCCCAUAUCAUUAGCUGUUAGAUUUCAGAAUGUUUCACCGACUAUAGCAUCCUGUUACUUUUUUGUCUCCCAGGCCUGGAUUCAGAUGACUCGUAUGAAGGGGUGUCAGAGGCCAGUUUCAAAGAUGCAUUGGUGUAUGACGGCAACAGCCAGAAAAACAACGGAUCAGUUCUGCAGGAGAACGGCAUCAAGAAACACAGGCAAGACAGCAUUCCUGCACCACAUUCCACCUGUGGUGAUUAUUUGUAUGUUUGUAGCUUCAUUACAUCUCUUUCAAAAACUGCUGACAACUCCCAUUGAAACCAGUUCAAAGUACUGGGCAGAGUCAGAACUGGUACUCAUUAGGAUUGUUUGACUGAACUUGUGUCAUACUAUUAACUCCUCUGGGUUGUAUUUGGAAGUCCUUGCCUUGAGUUGCUACUUUACGAUAAAAGGGGUGAAAUAAUCAAGUCAAUCUUGUUAUAGAUGAGUACACUUGAAAAUUUGCGGUUCCAUAACUAUUGACAGCUGUGUCAUAGUUCCUUAUGUUGGCUAUCAGCACAGGCAAAAAGAAGAUACACAAUAAUACAAGUGCAGGGAAAGAGAGUGGAGGUUGGAAAAACUCCACAGAACUACACUAGGUCCCUCUUAUUGGGGCAGGUCACCAUGGUAACAUAUGCUGAGCACCUAACCUGCUUGGGGUUAGCUGUGUUUAGGAAAAGUCUGUCCACAGAAAAACACUGCCCAGUGAACUAUCAGUUUGCUAAAUGAGUCGGGUUUGAUUAUGUAGGCCUGAGAGUUGAUUAAGAGGAGGAGGGGUAUGACUGGUUACUAUGACGACUUAUAAUUUCCAAGACUCACAAGCCUUAACAUGCACAUUCACACGUUUGAGUAUCUUCAGGCCCGCUAACAGACCUGACAGACCGCAGGCUCGGCCUCUCAACGACCCAUGUUACCAUUCUGACCAGCUUUUUGACAGAGAUAGGGUCAGUAUAGAUAAAGAUCAGAGUGAUACUGACAGCCAUCUUUCAUUUUUCCCUCUGAUGCAUAUCUACAUCACUAUCAUCUCUUCUUGCAAACUAGAACAUAGUUCUGUACAACUCAACUCAAAGACAAUUUUUUUAAAACAUUUGUUGGGUGUCAGAUGCCAAAGCCAGAUCCCACAUGAACAUAUAUACUUAGUAUGUCACAUGUUUUGCCAUUAAUACUGUUUAAUUUACUGUGUGCAUUUUUUUUCCCAGGACAUCAUUACCUGCACCCAUGUUUUCCAGGAACAAUGUCAGUAUCUGGAGUAUCCUGAAGAAAUGCAUUGGAAUGGUAAGGAGGCACAUGUUCCAGUUAUAAAGCUAAUCCUAACAUUUGAUAUAGCUCAAUUGUCAAAUUAGAGGAGAGAAUUCCCACUACUUAUAUCUUCAAAUGUAUCUAGAUGUCAAUAUAAACUAAUGAAUAAUGAGGCUUACAUGAUGACUAAAAUUGUAUGAUUUUGAUAUUUGAUGUAUCACAUUGAAUGUUUGUUUGAUUUAUACAUUUGUUUUAUAAUGUUUUAAUAAAUAUCAUUUGCCUGAGGGCUUCAAACACUUUUCAUUUUACAGGAACUGUCAAAGAUCACAAUGCCCAUCGUCUUCAACGAGCCUCUGAGCUUCCUGCAGAGAAUCACAGAAUACAUGGAACACACUUACCUCAUCAACAGAGCCUGCUCACUCGCAGACUCCAUAGAGCGCAUGCAGGUCCGAGACACACACACACACACACACACACACACACACACACACACACACACACACACACACACACACACACACACACACACACACACACACAGGCAUGCACAACAACUUCGUUGUUGGGUUUUCCUUCACAGUUGCAUACAGCUUCACAGGCACAGAGGAACAAAAACACAUCAUAGAUCUUAUUAAGAACAGCCAAAUGAAAAAAAACGACACUUUUGAACCUUUUUUCUUCUGCACUAACUAAUGCAGUGUAACUCCUCAGAAAGUAUCCAUGAUUAUGUCUCAUCACUGUCUCAAAUGUACCACUCCUGAGAUGUUGAUGGACAACACAGAGUGUCAAAUCCUGUGAACAAACUGAGACUAAAAGUGUCUGUGGGGAACUGAACCUUAACGAUCCAUGAUCAUUUACAUUUUGUCCUCAAGAGUCACACAAUGUACAAAAAAUGAUCACAGUUCAAAAUGAUUUCAUAAUUAUUCAAUAAUAGUUAAAUGAUCUGCAGGUCACCUACCAGUGCACAGAGUUACAAAAACAUAUACAGCUCUUGACCUACCCCAUACCCAAAAUAACACUCAUAGACCAUUUAACACACUUGUCUUGUCACUCACAGCUAUGAUCUGUGAUUUUUCGUCCUCAGGCGGUAGCGGCUUUUGCUGUGUCAGCAGUUGCGUCUCAGUGGGACAGAACUGGAAAACCCUUCAACCCAUUGCUGGGAGAGACCUAUGAACUCACCAGGUGUGUAUAACACACCCCCACACACUCACGCAGGCUCGCACAGAAACAAAGAUGUUUUUUUAGGUCUAACCAGUUAAACACUGAUCUUUAUCUUUGCCUCUUUGUUGUCCUCUACAGAGAGGAUCAGGGUUUCCGGUUGGUGUCCGAGCAAGUAUCCCAUCAUCCCCCGGUCAGUGCCUUCCAUGCAGAGAGCCUGUCAGGGGACUUUGUCUUCCACGGCUCCAUCUACCCCAAACUUAAGUUCUGGGGCAAGAAUGUGGAGGCUGAGCCUAAAGGAACCAUCACGCUAGAGAUUCUCAAGUAAGUCCAAAAGAAAGGGUGGUGAAAAUGUGGAUUAUUUUCUUGGUUAAAGACAGUUAUUCAUCCUCUUUGGUCUUGUUGUCUUACCCUAAUGCUCUACCUCUCUUUCCUUUUUUUCUCCUUUCCAUCUGAUAAUCUUAUCCUUCUUUUUCUCCUGUGCUCUACCUUGUUCUUCAUCCUUCCUUUCUCCUCCUCUUCUCUUCUUUUCUCAUCUCUAGACACAAUGAGGCAUACACAUGGAGUAACCCUUGCUGCUGUGUACAUAAUGUCAUCCUGGGCAAACUAUGGAUAGAACAGUAUGGCACAGUGGAGAUCGUCAACCACAGGUAAACCUCCUGCUCUUUACCAAGUGUUACUUGUGGGUUGGUUGUUUGUUGAACAGCUGGUGGUUUGAACCUGUGAUGAGCAAAAUGUCUUUGGGGAUAGAUCAAAAUUUUACGCAAAUGCAAGACUUGAACGUCUCACACACACACACACACACACACACACACACACACACACAUAUUUUAGGAAUGGGCAGGGUUAAUCGAUGAUUGAUUAAUUGAUGUUAAGAAUCACGUCGACCACACCACAAAAUUUAGAUCAAUUUCACGUUAUUAAAAAGGGCUGAGAGUGUGCGUUCAUCCUCCAGCUGCUUUCCAGUAAAGAUCAACCUCUGCUGAUCAGGAGGGAUACCUUUUUUGUCCAGUCAGUGGCCCCCAUUUAUCAAGCUUGCGCAGAUCUGAGUGUAGAAUAGAUCUGAGUGCAGAUCUGAGUGCAGGAUUCAUCGUAUGAUAGGACACACGUGAGAUUUAUAAAAGGGUUCGCAUCUGACCAAUCUCAGUAUACGUAUGAUCAGGUCUUGAUAAAUGCGGCGACUGAAAUCGAUCGUCAUUAACAUGUUUACGCCCUUAAAUAUUCAUGGUUCAGAAGCCUCGCCCACUGAGGUCAAACAUGAAAGAGGAGAAAUAUUAGAAAGAUUGGAAACUUUUCCGAGCUGAAAGUGGAUAUCUUCAUAUCUGUGGUGGAAACUAACAAGGAUUUUCUCUUUGGAAGCAUCAAAACUGGUAUAAAAGCAGUCCAGAAAACUCCUGUCUGGAGCAGGAUUAUGAUGGCGGUGAACAGCGCUGCCACGGAAUAGUGGACAGUGGCUGAAGUUUGAAUAAAUCAUUAGUCAAUAAGUUGCUCAUGAUGAUAAAUUAAUAUCUCAUACAUGCCUCAUAUUUUUUAUUGCCAUGACAUAGGGUACGUUGCUCCUAAUAUUGAAAGUAUUUAGUUUUAAUUUGUUGCGUCUUCGUAAUGUAGAGCAGACUGGAGAGUCUGACAGAGGCUGAACAAAAAUAAUUAUUGUCACCAAAUGGUGUGUUGCUGCCUCUGAGGCACAUUUUUAUGGAUUUCUAUUGGAAUUUUACUUUCUAAACUUAUACUUUACAUGUCAGAAUCCAUGGAUAAGGUCCUAUCUCCUCUGUACAGCACCUUUGUGAAGUCUCUCGUCAUUAUUGUUCUCCAGGCUUCGGGUCUUUGUGUUGCACCAGCACAGCCAACGGCACUCCAUUUGCCAGUGCAACAUUGUGCAAAACUGUACUGGCCCAAAUGAUGUCCCGCACCCUUUCAGGAGUGUACAACAACGUCCCCGCUGCUGGGCCAAGACAGAGACACCUGCCUUUUAGGAGUCAAACGCAGCGCUCCACAGUGGCGCGUGUGCAUCUGUGCGUAAUGUUGAAACGGCGCUCCUGCUCUGUGGCAGUGUUUCUGGGCAGAGUUAUCAAAUAGGCCUAUUCACUAAGGACAUAACAAAUUUAUUUUGUUAAAUUUUAUUUACGUCCUAAACUUUAAUGAAAUCUGUCUGAUUGUGCUUAAUAACAGGUUUGAGGUUUGUUUAUUAAUAAUUUUGAGACAGACAUUUGCUGAACCGCUGAUCAACACUGACUCAAACUUGCGUACAUGAUGUCAGACCUAUCAUGAGAUUUGGUCGUAGCGUAUGCUCACGUGCAGAUUGAUAAAUGCCGAUCCUCACGUCAAAAUUUUCGUACGCAAGGUGUAUGCAAGUUUUCUGCCGUACGCAAGCUUGAUAAAUGAGGGCCAGUGUGUGUGGGUUGAAGCAAUGCAGUGACUAUCACAGUGACUGAGAGAUUUUGGCAUUUUGCAAGCGGAGUGAUACAGUGUCAGCGGGCUUCUGCACAAGUAAAAAAAAACAAACAAACAUGAAGAAAGCAAGACGAAGUGUGGUGUGGGACCAUUUUGAGUGGAAAAAUGAUGAAGUUUGCAACAAUCACUGUGAUGCCGUGUACAAGUAAAACACGAAAACGACCCCAAUGAUGUUCCACCUAAGGCUCAUACAUCCGACUGAGGUUAGUGAAUCCACCGAGUGCUCUCAGUCUCAACCUACCAUCAGGGACCAGAUGUCCCCAAUUUCAGGGGACAGUCCUCGGCUAAAGUUGUCCCUACAAAUGUCCCCCAUUUUAGCGUUUCAUGAAUAAGAAAAAAAAAAAAAAAAAAAACAACAGUUAUGGUUGCCAUGCGUGUGUGUGUGUGUGUGUGUGUGUGUGUGUGUGUGUGUGUGUGUGUGUGUGUGUGUGUGUGUGUGUGUGUACAUUCUUCAGUAAUAAUAGAGGUAAUAAAAUGUUGAACUUUACACACAAAUCUCAGCUUAAUGUGAUGCCUUUGAGUUAGUGAUUUUACAGGAACACAAAUUUACGAGAAUAAAAAAGGAGAAAAGCAGGACAUGAGAAUGUAGAUCUGCAAAUGUGUGGCUCCUUUUCUUGUUUAUGAGAUUAGUCAAAAUGUAACAACUUUUCUUUCACUCUAUCACACACAACAGGUAAAAAAAAGGGUAUUUAUUUUCAUACUGUGCUGGCUGACCUUGCACUCUAGAAGAACUAGAGCAUCACUGAGCCUCAAAGACUAAUGCACACACAACCCAACCUACACCAGUUUUUGUCCUCAGUUGUUGUGGAGAAAACUUAACCACACUCAAGUUCAAAUGAAGUACAAUAGACCUUCUUUGUGUUGUCUGUUCCUCACAUAGACUGUAUAUACUAUGGACAACUUGGUUCUGCCUACCGCCUGUAAACGGAUUUGAAGCCAAAUAGCUCUCGGUAUUUCUGGGAUUUUUCUUCAUUUCCUGAAACCAGCGAUGCACGCAUUCAGCCACGCAUUAGCCGAAAGUCGCUGUGAUGACGCUCGGCUCAAACAGCGUAUCCCCGGGUGAGCCACGCAAUCCCUGAACGCCAAUAGGCUGUAUCAGGUGUCAAUCAUAGAAAACAUGAACCCCCUAAUAACUUUCAAAAACUGAGCUUCACAGAAAAAAGAGGACUUGAGCACAAACCAGUCUUACAAUAACUACAUGUCAACAUUGCAAGCAGGGGGGAGAAAAAUGUAUGUUCUGUGUAAUAAAUUUCUAAAGUUGGUCCACAGCUCCAUAAGCUUUGCUGGCGGAGGCGGGAUUUAUGACCAAUGCUGCAGCCCAUCAACAGAGGGUGCUGUUCUUGGAGUGGCUUCACCCAGCGAGGAGGCAGACUCUGUCCAUUCUAUAUACAGUCUAUGGUUCCUCACAGAGCUUCCUUCACUCUCCCAGUGUUUGCUCUGAUAGUUCAAACUUCAGCUUGUUUACUCUCUGUGCGUCUUCUCAGGCAAACUAUCCUUGCAGCACUUUUUAAACCUUUAUUUGUUCAGACAAGCUCUGCUACCCUUUUUUAUCCUUAUUAUGGCCACACUCACUCACACUCACUCUGCUACUUACAUUCACACCAGGAGCUGUGAAGCAGUCAAAUCACAGCUUCGCAGUUUGCUGCCACUGAGCUCCAUUGUUGCUGUCACAGUUCUGCUUGAGUGUCUGUUCUAUUUGAGGGCUUAUUUUCUCUGGUUUACUAUUUAAACAUUACUCUUAGAUAAAACAAUAAUAAUAAAAACAUCUUGACCAGAAACUCCCAUUAAAAAACAUCAGAUUCAUUUUUUUAUAUAUUGUCAUAUGACAUAUACAUAAUGAUGUUAUGAGGCAGAGCAGUGCAUGUCAAAUUACAUACUCACUUUGUGUGAAUCUUGACUAAGGAAGCAAACUUCAAAAAGUUUCCACAUGCUAGUAUUCAAAAGUUCUUAUUCAAUUUUCCUUUUAAUCACAACAAUCUUGGAGAAAAAGACACAAAAAGUCAUUAUUUCCUUCUUCUGUCUCCUCUUUCUUUCUCUUGUCUUAUUCUGUCUCUUUUCCCUCACAGAACUGGAGACAAAUGUGUGUUGAAUUUCAAACCUGGUGGGAUGUUUUACAAAGAACUGCACAAAGUGGAAGGAUACAUCCAGGAUAAGAGGUCAGAGUUUACAUUGUUAGUGUUGUGAUCUACUGCUCAUGAAAUAAUGUUGAAAUUGUGGUGGUUUUGUUCUAAUCUGCUUUAUCUUUUUCAUGUUUUUUUUUCCACUGUCACUGUUUUUUUUUAUCUGCUCUUUGCCACCUUUCUUGUCCCUCUGUGCUUUUUUCUCAUCACUCUCCUGUUCCACCUUCAUAAUUCUGGUCUGUAUCUUGUCUUUUUCUGUAAACCCAUUUAUUUUUCCUCUUCUUUCGAUAAUUUGUGCCCCAUCCUAUGUUCUGUCUUUCCCUCCGUGCAGCAAAAAGAAGCACUGUGUCAUAUAUGGGAAGUGGACUGAGUGUAUGUGGAGCGUGCACCCUCAGACUUAUGAGGCAUACAAGAAGUCUGAAAAGAAAGGAGACAUCAAGAAACAAAGAAAUGUAAGAAUGAGUGAAAUAAAGAUGGACCUUCAUUUUGUAUUUGUUUUCAAAUUAAUCUCAGUCAGUUCAAAGUGUUUUAAAUUCACUUAGAAUUUGAAUAUUAUUUCAUGUUUGUGUUCUGUAACUACUCGAUGAAUUUGUGAUUUAGCCUUGAUUUCUUUUGGCUGUCAAAAGUGCUCUUGUGUGUUUUCUUGAGGUAAAACAACAGACUUAAUCAGUACCAAGUUCUUAGGCUGUUGUUGUUGUUGUUUAAAGCCUUCCUGAAAAGGAGGCAUUGAUAAUAACUGUUAAUAAAGUAUACAUCAAGUUACUACAUGUCAUGUAAGGCGUGCGUAGCCCUGAAAUUUGGAUUGUACUGCAGUCAAAGUUACAAUGAGUGUUCCUAUCAUUCCCAGGAGGAGCAGGAGGGUGCAGAGAAUGAUGAUGCAGACGACAUGCCUGAAGUCCAGGAGACGGUCUCUGUCAUACCAGGAAGCACUUUGCUUUGGAGAGUAGAUCCCAGACCUGCACAUUCUGCUCAGGUAUAGCAGUUAAACACACACACACACACGGAAAAUAAACAACUGUGUUUCUCAUCAGUUGUCUUGCAUGUAUAAGUCCAAGAAAAUUAAUGUUAAAGAAACAGCUAAAUUUUUGUCUCAAAACUAAAUCAACUAAUCACGCUCUUCAUAUCCUUUACUCUGAAUUAUUCUUCUUUAGAUGUACAACUUCACCAACUUUGCAAUGUCUCUCAAUGAGUUGGAGCCUGGCAUGGAUGCCAUUGUGGCCCCCACCGACUGCCGCCUCAGGCCUGACAUCAGAGCCAUGGAGAAUGGCAACAUGGGUAAUUCAAAAGAUGAAGCCUACAUCAAUGUGUAAUGGAGCUCUGUUUGGCUGAGAAGAGAAAAAGAAAUCUCUGUUCCCUGUAAAAAAAAAAAAUAAAUCAAAGCCUAAUCAGAUUAUUAACCCAACUAUUAAAAACACUUCAGUGUGACUUCCUGCUGCUGAAUAACAUGUUAGAAUCAGAUCUCUAAGUGGUUUACUCAGCGGACCCAAAAUGACAAUAAUAAGACAAUGUUGCCAUCUGCUGGAUGCGUGCUGCUGUCUCAUGUGAUCCCAUAGAUCUCAGUAGAUCACGAUACAACAACUGUAUCAAACCAUAUGUGUAUUCUUGCACAAGCCUCUUCACUUUAUCCAUAUAACAGUUAAAUCAGUCAACAGUGUGUGUGUGUGUGUGUGUGUGUGUGUGUGUGUGUGUGUGUGUGUGUGUGUGUGUGUUUAUUGCUCUUGUGCAGAUGAGGCCAGUCAGGAGAAGGAGAGACUGGAGGAGAAACAGAGAGCAGCCAGAAAAGAGAGAGCCAAGAGUGAAGAAGAAUGGUCGACAAGGUAGGAAACAUGCAGGCUGAAACGCCAUGCCCUUCAGUUUUUCAUUUCAUUGGAGAUGGUAGGACAGGUCAUAGUCUGCAGUGAGGCUUAAAAUCAAAAUUACCUGCAAUAACAUAUAAAACAAUAACGGCACCGUUAUUGACAUGGCAAAAAGUAUGAGAUAAAAUUUGAAUAAACCUUUCACUGUCUUAAACUUGUUGGGAUUGUGAUACACGCGUUUACUUAGUGAUCUGCUGAUGCUGAAUCUGUUUCUGUGUUUUUUUUCAGAUGGUUCCAGAUGGGCACAAACCCACACACUGGCGCACAGAGCUGGCUCUACACAGGGGGCUACUUUAAUAGGAACUACAAAGACCUGCCUGAUAUCUACUGAUAGCUUGUUAGCCUUCAUCAUCCUCCUUGUCUCCAAAAUCUGCGAUUAUCUACCUGUCAGCAAAUUCUUUUAGCUUCAGCAAACUGAAAGAAUGAAGAUUUCCUUUUGUGUCCUUCAUCAUCAACAUCUGUAAACUGACUGACACACCCAGCACAGACUGGAAGGACCGACAAAGGAGCCAGAUACCUGUCCUACCUGGUCAAAGAGCGGCUUGCUUUGUGUCACCGCAUCUUCAGGUCUCUUUUUGUGAACAUUCAAAAGAUUUGACAUCCGCUUCUCAUCAUCCUGCAGGAUUUUCUAAAGUAACAACCAGCAAAUGUUUUCCAUCUCUAUGCUUCGGCACCUCCAAGAGCACAAGAACCAUUUUCCUGCCUGACAGGUUUGAGAGGUCAGGACUGUACAUUUAAUCUCUUGAUUGUACAGAUAUAAAAAAAAGUCACAGCCCAAAAACUUGCAGAUUUAAAACCUCAUUAAACACUUUUGUCUGAGGAACCUCCAAAUGGUCAAAGUUACAUUAAGAUACAGAAUGAAUAUGAAUAGUAAGGUCAUGAAGUUUUGGACAUGGAGGGACUUCUGGUCAACCAGGAAUCAGGGAUGUAAAUAUUCCUUUGAAGAUGGAUCUGGAGCAUGCUUUUUUGCAAAGUUAGUUUAAAUUAUAUACUUUUACUACUCAAAUAGGACGAGACAAAUUUAGCUUAAGCAAAAGUUAUUAAUGUUCAUGGGUUAGUUUUGGCCCACCCAUCAACCUACUUAUAAUUAUGCAUUAAACUAAAUGAGGACGUUUGCCAGAGAACAGAAAAGUGGAGUGUGCAGCUUUUGAGGCUUCAGAAAAGACCUAACACCUACAAUUUGGGGUUCUCCUACAUGAAAACAGAACUGUGUAAGAGCAUGUGGAAGUGGUUGGUGAAAUUGUAACUGUGUAAACACUUGGCCUUUGGCUUCUGUAUGUCAGUAAGAAUAGAUUUUUGUAUAACCUAGAGAAAAAAAUGUACAGUGUGAAUAGAGUUCACUCUGCUGGGGUUUGAAGACAAACAUACAGCACAGUAGAAAUACCACUGAAUGAAUGUUGAUAAGGUCUGAAGCUUGGCUAACUCUGCUACUUCUUCUUCCUCCUCCUCCUCCUUCAAAGGGAGGCAAGAAUCAGGCUGUAGUGGCAGAUGAGAGAUUCAAGAUCCUGCCUCAAGGCACUUACUGAAAACACAGGAGUCUGGUUAAAUUACAUUGAUGUUCGAUCUAAAAGUCAGUGUCUGCAUGUGCACUACAUUCUGCACUACUUACAAGUCUAAACCCACCCCACAGAGUCCAAAUCCACACUGUAUAAAAUGAUUGUACAAUUUGACGUGUAGUUCAUUGCCAUAAUGCAAACAAGCACCAUCUGUGUUGAAGUGAAUGACAGUGGUAAUAGAGAAACACUUGAGUUGAUGUAACAAGUAAUACAUGCAUACAUGCACAUUUGUCAUGUGAAUGAAUGUCUAAAUAUGUACAGACACUUAAAGCCAUAUUAACUACCUGAGAGGCCGUUUGUUGCUUGAAUGAUGUUAAUUUAACGAGAUCACCUAAAGAUUUAGGCUUUGAAUCACACCAUCUUCCUGUUCUGAUUAAAAAACAUUGUUAUUCUUGUCAGUGUAAUGAGGAAAUGAAAGGGAUUAGCUCCUCUGCUGUCCAGUGGGAUUUGAUGUGGGGAAUAGAUGGAAUGGAUGAUGAAGAGGACUACAGGGAACAGACUUAGAGGCGAUGAGGGUUGCAACUGUCACUUGUGGAUGUAUUAAUUCAUUGAAAGAGGGAAGCAAUGCAGCUGUUGGAUAGAUGCAUUAGAGCUGAAGUUGUACUGCACUGAUAGAACACAAAAAGGGACACAGAAAUUACCAUUUUAGGAAGUGAAGAGAUUAAAAAAUAGACAUGAAACUGUAGUCCGGUGUCUCUUACAGUCAAGUAGGGAAUCUUCUCAGUACCGUGAGGUCUCUUUGAACCUGUCCAUUGUUUUUUUUUUUCAAUUUCAAUUGUAGAAACUAUCAACGACUCCAGAAUUGACCUCCUUAGGUAGGUAGGUAUUGAAAAAAGGAGCACAUGCUCAAUGAAACAUCUGGUGCCGUGAUUUCUCUUGUCAGUGGACAUGUUUUAAAUCACGCUGAACCCAGUAAAUAUUUAAGCUCAAUGUGACAGCCCACCAUCGCAUUUACUCAAUUUUGCAUUGAAAUUUCAGCCUGCAGUCCUGUUCUAGAUUUAAAUGUAUGCCUGUAUUCAGCAUUGUUCUUGGGUUGUUUUUAUGUGACCUGAUAAAAACAGUUGUAUACCUGUAAUUCCAGAGAUCGAAGGUUAAAUUCAAUUUCCAGGCUUUAAAUUUGGUACCUGGGCCUAGUUGAUGCAGACCAGCCUGUCUUAGGUUGUGUUUGAAACUGCUGGGAGCCUGUUCAUAUCUAACCCUGAUUCAUCUGAAUAUAAAUUAAGGAACUGCACAAAAAACAGAUAAUCAACCUGCUUCACUGAAUGUAUAGAACAUGGACCCCUUAUUCAUGCCCUUCUCGAAGAGAGAAACUGCAACACAUCUUUUGCGCUGCUGUGCUGUGUUGGAUAUCCAGUAAUAUUCAGCAUAUUGGUUUUCCUACAUUUGUUCUUUAUAUCUUAAAAACCAGGUGUUUAAAAAUUACCUUUGCAUCAGUGUGUCUAGGACCGUGCCGUAUUCCUCUGUUCUAGCUCUAUGCAACUUUUGCACCUCACCAUGAACAGUACACGUCUGAUCUGGGUUUCCACCAGAGCUCUACUUCCACUCUGACUUAAAGAAACUGGACACACAUCUUUAGUGCAUACGGUUACAGUUAGGUGGUCAGAUAUAUCUCUAAAUGUUGACUUCCUCAUACCAUAUUCCUAACUGGGGAAUGCUAUUGUAACUUGAACUACUUGGCACUACAAAUAGCCUUGUAUCACAACUUGGACCAACUUCCUUUACAUGUAUGUGUUUUAAAAUUCAUUUCCAGGUCAUGCUUUGUGCCUGGGUUUUCAGCUUCCUGUUUUUCAUUUCCUCAUGUUUGUUUUUGUUGUUAUUCAAUGUUUGUUAUUUAUGAUGUUUGUGGUUUUAUGAAAAAAAGAGUUUUGUUUCACUUUUGUUUUUAGGUUUUCUUUUCACUUGAAGACACAUUGCUCUGUCUAAAUAGGAGCAAAGCCUCUAACUAAUAUCCAUCUUUAACAAAUGAGCAUUUAUUGAUGUUGUUAGACUUCUACUGUCAGAAAUUUAUUAAUCAAUUAAUAAUGUUUGAUUACUUUCUGAGCUCUUCUGGCUGCUAGAAAACAAGUUUAAACCCUUGAACAAGUUCUAUCUGUCACCCCAAAAUCACUUUUUUUCACGCAACUCGUGAUCCAAAAAGGUUCACAAACACUACUUCAGCUGCAUGUCAUUGAAUGGUGUGAGAAUAACACUGGUGAAAUUCACUCAUACAGAAUCAAGUAUCUCUGCAUAAAGCUGUUUUUGACUGUAAAGGAUUUCAGCUGUUGAGAAUAUCUAAUAAACACAUUUCCAAAACCUCCAGUUCAGAUUCGGACACAAUCACAUGACUGUUCUGUCAGUAAAUUAGAUCACGGUUUUAAGUUGCUUUGCAUGUUGGUCCUUCCAUUUUAGUUCACCCUCCCUCUCUUGGACUGUGUCAUGGGGCUAUCAAUGUUAUAAUUACUAUGUGUAAGUGCUGCACAGAAGUAAUCACAAGCAAAAUGGCAUAUUAUUUUGUGCAAUUGAUUUAUUUUUAUAGUAUUUAAACCGUUUUUGGUGAAUACAUUGUACCAGAUGUUUUAUUUUGAGGUGGGGGACAGUUAAGGGAUCAUACCCAGUCCGUGGACAGUUUGAUAGAUGCAUAAACAGGGACUAUACUAAUAAAAUCCUAAUUUCAAUUUUUGACUUUGUCUCCUUUUUGUAGUGCAGGAUCCCAACAAGAAGUUAAAGCUACUGUGGGGAAUUUUCGAUGUCUAAAAGCAAAUGUGGCAAAAUCUGACCAGACUGAGGUUUUCUGUGCUGUAGGACGGUUGAUUUAACCCUUCUUACAGACUAAAGAAACACUGAAUGUAGUGCACACGUAUGAACAGAUUGUGUCUUUGUGCAGUUGUAUUUAGGAUAGAAUACAAAAGAUUCCUAGGUUCUCAGGAAAAAUGUUUGAAAAUAAUCUUUAAGCCUUUGUGUGUUGUGCAAAGAAAAAAAAAGUGUGAAAUGUUUAAAUGAAGUCCAAAUACGAGUUUUAUUUGAACUUGAUGUCAUGAUGCAGUGAGUGAAAUAUGACAAGCUAAAAUAAGAGCUUACACAACAGCAUCGCUUUGUGUUUUUAUGCAUUUGUCUUUUAUUUAUUUUUCCUGAUUGAAAUGUAUUGUAAGGUCAUAAUUUGUCAUUCAUCACAUUACAUGGCAUGAUGCACCAGGUCUACUACACCCAUUUACAGAAGGAAUACACGGAAACAUACACAAGGUUUUACAAUGGGGAAACAGGAAAGUUUAGCUCAUUGCACUUACAACAGUGAAUGGAACACUUUGUAGUCAUUUUAGGCUCUCAUCCUUUUUUCUGUAUUUUAUUUUCACCCUCUUUUCAUCAUUCAAUUUGAUUAUUUUAUAUAUUUAUAUAUAUUUUUACACAUCUCCAUGGUUCAAAUCAUCCGCACACCCCUCAUCAUCUCCAAUACCCCAUAACAUGAUCUAUCUCCCCCCCCCAAAAAAUGGAUGGAAGCCAGAAUAUUUUUCCCUUUUUUUGUUUUCAGGUAAUCUCAUUUUACAAACACAACAUGUAUAGAAACUCUGCACAGACCAAUGUUUUUUUUUUUUUUCAUAUCCGAAUACGAUUUUUAAUGAAUUUGAAACAGUCCGCACGAGCAAACCACAAACAUACACAAUGAGUUUUUUAUAAGUUUUUCAAAUCAACAACUGCUCUGGUUUAGUGUUUUGUCUUCACUCACAUGUGGGCAAGGAAGUUGAGGUCACACACACAUCAGCUUGUGCGUCUUCUCUCAUGCCUGCCUGCGUGCGUGUGUGUUUACACUUGUGUGUGUUGUGGUCACUUUGAGAUUUUCAUGUUGUACAAACAUGUCCUCAAUGGCAUUUACAUAUUUUAGUUUGGUAAAAGCGAACUCUGGUCAGGAUUUACUUGGUAUUUACACUGGACAAAGUAUGGCAGCCCGUGAGGUGGGAGGUCAAAGGGGCUAAAAAGGUCAAGAGACGGGUGGGGGGAGGUGUCCCGAUCAUGCACUUGUAAUUUUACUUGAAUGGCUCAUACAGGUGAAAGAUGAAAAAGCACUCCCUGAUGGUUUUACAGUGAAAGAAGUACUUGGUAGCUUUUCUCUCAGGGUUUGUUACAGCAUUCUUACCUUCUCUAAACAACCUCUCACCUAGAAAACAUUUAUACUUAUAUAUUUAUUUAUAUAUAUUUAUAGAUAUAUUUGUGACUUUUUAAAACUUUCUCCGGUCCUGCUAUACAUCAACUGUCUGUCACGACUGCUCAUGCAGUUACUACACUACAUACUGUACAAGCACUGUUAGCUACCUUUUUGGUUAAGACUCUGUUGGAUUCAAAGAUGACUUGAAGCAUCUAGAGAUCUGAUGGAGGAUCUGAUAUCAACGGCUACAUGUCAAGUUUCUCCUUUUUUAUUGCAAACUCAUAAUAAUGAAAAACUUUUGCUUCAAAACAACUGAGUGUAACAUUUCUCUAUGAGUAUUAACAGAAUUUAAAUUGAGACAUUUUCACAUGAUUUUUUUUUCUCAGAUUUUUAAAGUAUGGAGGUUUGAGAAAAGGUCUUCCUAUGCUGACUUUGAUUUGCUAACAUUUUUAUUUGGAACUGAAUUCUAAGUUUGACUUUUGGUUCUUUUCUACAUUUGUGCUUCAAAAAACAGGUGAGCGUGGUGCGAGUCUGACCACAGGUGAUUGCUGUGAUCUGAAACAAAGACCUUAGCGUUCCUGGGUUUAGACAGAGACCACUUCUGGCUAGAGGGCAGUAACAGAAUGGCUUUCUUCAGUGACCAGUGUUGUUUUGUGUAAGCCCUUGCUGCUAUGCAUAUUAAGGUCACCUUGAGUGGCUGUUUUCACACAGGAGCAACAAAUGUGACGUAUUUGCACAUUUGGAAUGAAAUGGCUGAGUCAUCAACAUGUUACCAGAUCCCUCUACUUAUUACUAGCUAGGGAAAGACCACAUCUGUGUCACAUGGUGUGGAACAUCAGAUUUAUUGCACCUGCAUAAACCCAUCCAUUGUUUUCUAUUGUUUAUUGGACAUCUUUGUUGCAGUGAUGUUUUUAAUGCUUGCUUUCCUGAGGCAAAAGUGAUUGAAGAUUUUAUUGAACCUGUCAUAUUUGCACAAACUUCCAAAACAUAACACCUCCAGUAGAGGAAGUUAGUUUCAGUUGAGGUUACCCUAAAUUUGCUUUAACCUUUUGGUCUACUGAAGUGCUGUCUACUACUAUGCGACCCUGAUGGAGACAACACUGUGGGGGCAGUGAAACUGUGAAAAGGUGCCCCAGGAUCUGAGCUGCACCUCAUCUAGAAGCCACAUACACAAAGAGAAGAAAGAAACAGAUCCAAUCACAGCCAGAAUGAUCAAAGUGAGUCUACAAAAGUAUAAAUAAAUAUAGUAAAUACAUAUGGUUGACAUAACAGACAAUUUUAGAGGUAAGCCUUUUCAAAAUAGACUAUCACUUGAGAGCACACUGGCAUUUUUGUUUGAUAGACAGUAACUAGGAGAUGACAUUGAUGACCGAAAAAGCAGACUUAGAGAGUUUUGCGCUCAGGCAAACUUGCAAACAGAGGAGAAUAUCCUCCUAAAAUUGGAUUAUUCUGGAUGUGCUUAAAUCAAGCAGCUGAUAAAUCAGCACAAAGACAAAUUUACACUUUAUAUGUCAGAAGAGUUCAGACCUAUCUCCUUCCUCUCUCUCUGCCCUGCCAGCUCUUAUUACUGCUCAGUAUGAUAAAAUAAAUUCUCACAUUGAUAAAUCAUCUCAUAAAUGUGUCACAACAAAAAAAUAUAUAUUCUGACUUCUUUUACCAUGUCAGUGUUUUUCGGUCUUGCUCAGAUGAAGUUUGGGAAUUUUGAAUGAGUUAGGAGUUAGGGGGUGUUUUCAUACUGCAUAGCCACCUAUUUUAAACUCUGUAUUUUCAUAAAUAGCUUCUCUAUUUAAGUAUAUUAACUGCGUCACAGCAUGUUGGGUUUGAUAGACUUAAAGAUAUUUAUUUUGAUUUCCGAGGUACAGCGACUUGUUUUCCACAGUGUAGUUAGCUUAUAAAUCUUAAUCUGUCGUGGCAGUGCACUUUUGAACACUCAUACACACGCACACAAACUCGCUCUUACACCACUUACUUGCAUUUAGGAAUGCCUAGAAUAGUGCUUUAUUUAAAGCCCAUAGCAGUAUUUAUCACUAUGAUAGAGUGUAGUUUAUCUAUUAUUCUAUAUGUAUAUUUAGGCAUUUGAAUUGGCUUCAUGUUGACCUAAAUUGUCUGGAAUAUCCUCUCUGCAACAUGAGAACAGGGGUGACCCGAAAAUAUUGGACCUUUUCUUCUCCACCCCUGUGCAAACAAAGACUUGAUAAGGACAUAUACUGCAGUAUUUAUAGAUGUAAUCUUUUCUCAUAAAAAUCUGUCUUUCUCUGAAUAAGACUCUUGACAUCUUUUCUCCACUUACUUGAAGGUACCUCUUAAUUAUUGGUCUUUAAAACAUCUUUUAUGACUGUCAUUUGCACAUUUUUGUUUAAUCUUGUAGCAAAUCUUUCAGUAGACCCCCUUUGGCAAAGGUCAGAGUUGAAGAGGAGAGGGGAUCCUGGUCAUGCCAGGUCAAGCUCAACACAGACCCUUCUGAUUUCACAAAUGACCAAAGACCUAAAAUUAAUCUCAUAAUUUGAAAUAUAAGGAGUUGCACAAAAAUCAAUCUCAAUAUUAAAAAUCAAUCAGGUGAGAUAACAAUGAUUGUGUGACUAUUUCCAUUUUUGUGUUUUCACUUCCUGUUUCGGUUUUUCUAAAUAUGAUUCAUUGCAUAGAAGGACUGGAGAUGAGAGGUUGCCUCUUCUGCCCACCUAUUUUCUUGUGGUUAAACUUGUGUUUGUCUUGUUUUCUUUUCUUUUCCACAUUGUAUGAUGGUUGUUAAAUACACGCAUACAGAUCUUCACACACAUACAAACAUUAGGAACAGAACAAUAUAGAGGUGACUUUGAGGUUUCUUCUGCGCCGGGCAGCAUGCGAAGGUUCCCAGCGAGCGUUCACACAGACAAUAUACAGCAGAAGUCGGUUGGUUCAUUGAAGGCCUCACAAUAUUUGGCCCGACAGAGUACUUUUUGAGUACCAAACCGCAGAUCCCACAAUGCACUGCAGGAGCAACAGCAGGGAGAACACUGACCUGAGAAGUAUCCAUGACAACUGACAGUCUGAGAGCGAGGUUUUUUGGGGGUUGGGUUGCAGGCCUGGACGGCACCACGAUAGAAAAUGAAAAGUUAAAAAAGGCGAGUGGCUUUGUGACAUGACCAAGUGUGAUGUUUUUGGUUCCUCAGUCACUUGAGUUCUGAUAUUUUUCUCUCUUUUUGACACCAUUUUCCAGUGUGCUUUCCCGUGCACUGUGCACAGUUGACAGAGUGAAGAUGCAUGCUGAUACACACCUACAUGUAAGGAGCUAGACGGUGCUUUCCCAAGACCCCAUCCAUCUCCGAGGCUCAGAAGAUUCACAUUGAGACCCAAACCCCCACGGGUGGCAACGUUGAGUCCAGUUUUGUCGUAAAGUGUGACUUGUCUGCUUUUCAGUGCCUCUCUGCUGCCCUGCAGUGCUGCGGAUCAGUCUUCAGCUGGCUGAUACCAGCAGCUUUCACUCCGAUCCGCUGACUGAAGACAUGAUGUCUCACUAUCGGUUGGAGGAGAAAAUCUGGGUGGUACCAAACUCUCAUUUUUAAGUGAGCUGUUCUCUGGUGUAUAAGUACAGCAGUGAUACAUUAUUGGAGUACGAUUUGUGUCAAGUUAAAGUCAGACUUAUGAUUCAUCAGUGGAAAAUUAGACAGAUGGAGGCAACACAUUACUGUCCCAUCAUUUUGAAAAUGACACAAGAUUGUGCUCUUAACGUUCUUACACCUACUCUAUUGCUUUUAUAUGUAUUGAUAAUAAAUAAGAAUCAGAAAAUUGACAGGGGGCUUAAUGAAGGUAACAAAACAUUACAAAACAUAAUUCAAAGAAAAAUAUCACCAAUAAUUAUCAAAAAGAAAUGGAAUCUUAAAAAUAUAAAUUAAUCUCACUGUGGCCAGUGUUCCAGCUGAUAUAACUACAUGAAAAAAGUGCGUGAUGAAAAUAUGUGUUCACAGGGUGUAAUAAAAAAUAUGCCACUUUGACUUCAAAAUAAAAUAUUCUUAAAUGAUUAAGGCGAUAUUGGUAACCUGUAACAAAAAGUAAAAACCAGGCAAAUAACAAAACUAAACUCUAAAUUAGAAAACAAUAAAAGACGACCAAAGAAAUGACAACCAUCUACAACAUGUGAAAUAGAUGAGGGCCAUGUUGUGGAGCAGUUUCAAAGAACCCUACUACCACAAGAAGUGCAGGUAAAUGUUGUCUUAAUGGCUUUAUAAUGGCUGAAAAACAACCCAAUCACAAACACUCUGAUUACCCAUCCAGAUUUGUGUUCUGUAAAAAACCACAAAAGGCUCCUCUUAUUCCCGUGGCUCAAUUCCUGUGUGUUGCUCCAGAAAUCUUUCUUCUUUGUUAAGAGUUUACAUUUUCUUGCUCAAAUGUGUAUCCCAGUUUUCUUAUGGCCUCUGUUUAGUGAUGAUGAACAGUGUAAGGUCUUGGAUAUAAAGUUCCAUGCAUUCCAAAUUCCUACAUUUUUUUUAAAUCCACUGUACACUUCUUUAAAGACAUGGCAAGAUUAUUGGACGGGAAUUAGAAAGAAAGAAGACUCAGCAUUCAAGAAAUUCGAAGAAGAGUGGAAGCAAGAGGUUUUAAGAGUUCCAAUCUGGAAUGUCGAUAGAAACAGAGCAAACCGUAAAUAGAAACACACCAACACACCACUACUCUGUGUGUGUGUGUGUGUGUGUGUGUGUGUGUGUGUGUG